AGUGUUUCUGGUUGCACACAAGGCGGAAGCGUAUAAUUUAGUGAAGAGUUUUGUUGUUUUGUUUUUGGGGGGAGAAAACCUCGUCAACGAGGAGCAACACGGCUAAAACUCACUGCCCACAAGUCGGAGCGGGUGUUGUCUGUCGCUGUCGGUAGACCGGGUUUACUCCACUGCUGCCCACCUGAUCCGGUUCUUUCCACCAGGGAGUUUGGUUUCUGGCCUCGGUCUCACCAUCAGUGCCUGCUUGUCCGGACUCUGCUCCCAUCUUCACGCCUUCACGUUAACCUGUAGUUUCAGGCCAUCUUGUCCCUGACAGUUACUGUCCUUGUCAAUGGCUGGGCGCGGUGGAGGAGCAACCAGGCCUAAUGGUGCCACGGUAGCAAACAAGAUCUGCCAGUUCAAACUGGUGCUGCUGGGCGAGUCGGCGGUGGGAAAGUCCAGCUUAGUGCUGCGCUUUGUCAAAGGCCAGUUUCAUGAAUUCCAGGAGAGCACCAUUGGAGCUGCCUUCCUCACUCAGACCGUCUGUCUGGACGACACCACUGUGAAGUUUGAGAUCUGGGACACGGCAGGUCAGGAGCGCUACCACAGCCUGGCUCCAAUGUACUACAGAGGCGCUCAGGCUGCCAUCGUGGUUUACGACAUUACCAACACGGACACAUUUGCACGAGCGAAGAACUGGGUGAAGGAGCUGCAGAGACAAGCCAGUCCCAACAUAGUGAUCGCUCUGGCUGGAAACAAGGCGGACAUUGCAAACAAGAGAGCUGUAGAACUUCAGGAGGCACAAGCAUACGCUGAUGACAACAGUCUACUCUUCAUGGAGACCUCGGCCAAGACCGCCAUGAACGUCAAUGAAAUUUUCAUGGCUAUUGCCAAGAAACUACCGAAGAACGACCCUCAGGCCGGAGCCGGACAAGGUGGGCGGACCAGGAUCGGAGUGGAUCUACAGGAAGCUGCUCCACAGGGGCACAGCAGACAGUGCUGCGGCGGGGGCAAUUAGCACAGUACAAAAACGAUGAACUUAGUGAGCGAGCCCUGAACAGCGUUUUAAGGACAGCACGUAGCUAAAAACCCAGAGAGGCAGGAGAAGGCAGAGCCAGUCGCCAGCCCUGCACUUAAACUGAGAUUACAGAUGAGAUUAUCUGGAUCCUUUUUGAUUUAAGGAACAUUUUUUCCCAAAAAAAAAAAAUCAUAAGCUAGAGGGAAUUACCAAGAUCCCUCACUACUUCUCUUCUGUCUUUCCCCCGUGUAUCUAUCUACCUCCCUGUUCAUCUUCAGCCUCUGUCUCAGUUGAUUGAAUUCUGUCUUAAAUAUUUUUUUUGAAGGGUGAUGCUGAGGUUGUUUGCCAUUUUCCCGAAUUGUUUGAGUGUGUGUUUGUGUGCGUGUGUGUGUGUGUCUGUCUUAUGUAUGUGUAUGUAUAUAGUACACACACAUACAUGUAUAUUGGCAGUUUACUUUUCUACUCUUGUCAUUUCCCUCUACAUUGAUCAUCUUUAGGAAAGAUACAAAUACCCGACUAUUAAUGCUGAAAUUGCAGAUGACGGAACGAUUAAUCUUAAAAGGAUUUUUGUCUUAAUGCAAUUUAGAUCACAGCAUUUUGUUCUUUUUAGGGACCUGGAUGUGACACAGUUAUAAGUUAAACUCUAGACUUUGCUUAUUGGAGCUGGUCAUGAUUUAUUAGGCUACACAUCUGAAGAUGUUUCUGAACUGUGCGACAAAUGCAGUUGUUUGCAUUCAUUGUGUAUUGAUACCUGUAAACACCAGAGAGUUGUUAGCCUUUUUUAAGAAAAAAAAAAAAGUGAAAUGUGAAAAGAACUUGUAAAUCUAAGAAGUAAAUAAAUAACAUGCACAGAUUCA